GCCAAUUCCCUACAUAUAUACAAUAGAAUAAACGAAAAUAACGCAUUAAUAAUCAAUAAUACCCUUCAGAAAAUCAAAAAGGACUCUCAAAACUUCCUUUUUGGUAACAACAAAUAAAUCUCGCAAUUAAAAAUCGCACUCUAACGCUUACUAACUCGACGGCGUAAAACGAAAGAGAAAACUCUCACUUUGACAUAAACAACAAACGGGAAAAGGAUGUCUUUAAGUACCUUCGUUUCUCGAGUGAACUGCGCCUUCAGGAAUUUCGAAAGGGCUUUAUUUGGGGCCCUCACUGGCAGAUAUCCUCCAGGAGAAUAUGGGGUUUGUUUGGAUUAUGCAUUAGAUUCCCCCGAAAUUAAUAACAAAAAUACUAAAAAUAAAAGCAUCUUGGAAGAAAUCUUAGGCGAUGGGUUCCUUUAUGCAGUACCAAAACACAGGAGGACCAUAGAAAAGAGGCUAAAAAGGAAAUUUGGACAUCCCGACUAUCACUUGAAAAUUUUGCUACCUAGGAAGGAUUUGGUGUCUUGUAACACUUGUGGGGAUGAUCAUGAAGCUGGAGUGUUAUGUCCAACAUGCUAUAAAAAAGUCAUCGAGGAGACCAAAGCGAUGCAAGAAGCCAUUCAAAGUGAAUUGAAAUUAGAGCCAGUAGAGCAGGAAGUGGUUGUAAUGUAUGCAGGUGAGAAGGACAAUCAUCCUGAAGAGUUUUGGAAGGGCAAAAGGAUAGUUGAGUUAGAAAAGCCUCGCCCACAGUGGUUCAGUGAUAAUUUGUUGCAAAAAAGUACUCAAAAGGGGUCUGAUUCGAAAGAUGUUAAACCAUCACAGCUUGGUUAAAGCAGUUAGUAUUAAUCUUUGUAGUAUAUAAAAUUUUUGAGUAAACAA